AUGGAUUCUACGAAUCCAUAUACUCGGCCUUCCAAUUUCACUGACCUGUUGAACAGUCAACAAGACAGUGACCUUCCUAAGAAAGAAAGAAAGAAAUGGUCUGUCUCUGAUGAUUUAGUGCUCAUUAGCGCCUGGUUAAACACCAGCAAGGAUCCGGUAGUAAGCAAUGAGCAGAAAGCAGGAGCUUUCUGGAAGCGCAUUGCCAAUUACUUUGCAGCUAGUCCAAAGGUGGCAAGAGGUGAAGAACGAGAGCCUAUUCAGUGUAAACAAAGGUGGCAAAAGGUGAACGAUCUUGUUUGCAAGUUCUGUGGAGCUUAUGCGGCUGCAACAAAGCAGAAAACAAGUGGUCAGAGUGAAAGUGAUGUUGUUAAACUGGCACACCAAAUCUUCUACAACGACCAUAAGAUGAAAUUCUACCUUCACCAUGCUUGGGAGGAGCUGAAAAAUGACCAGAAAUGGUGUGCGCUUGCGAGUACUAAGAUUGAUGGACCACAAUCAUCAGGCGGUAAGAGGAGGAGGUGUGAGGAUGGAGCGCAAUCAGCUUGCUCUGAAGCAACCACUAAUCGAGCUGAUCCUACCGCACGUCCUCCUGGUGUUAAGGCAUCGAAAGGAGCAUGUGGUAAGAGACCAAUGGUAGAUCAGCAGGGUGUCACUCAGUUUCAAAACAUGGUGUCUAUCAAAGAGAAAGACAUGUCUAUCAAAGAGAAAGACAUGGCACUGAAAGAGAGACUCUCGAAGAUGGGACUUCUAGGCAAUCUCAUUUCAAAAACAGAGCCACUCUCGGAAUAUGAAGAAGCGCUUAAGCAGAAGCUAAUCACAGAGAUGUUGGGUGAUUAGUGUGUCUGUCGCAUGUUUAAAUUAGAAACAGAAGUUGUGAUAUGAAGCAAGCCACAAGAUUCUUAUUGAAGUCAGAAGAAGCAAGAGAAGUCACGGGUGUGUAUGUUUGUAUGUCUGUAUUAGUCACAAGUUUGUCAUGAGUCUGUAUGUCUGUAUUAGUCAAGAGUGUGUCAAGUUUGUCACGGGUCUUUGGUAUGUUUGUCACGAGAGUGCUUUACUUCUCUCCUUUUCUAUAUAAGUCACAAGUUUUGUAUACAAAAUUUACAAGUUUA